UAUGCUUUCUUUUUUCUUUCUUAGUACUCUCACUCGAAAUUAUUGAAGUUAGCCCGCCCCAGAAGAGAGAGAGGGCAGAACUCCACUGGCAGGAGGAGGACCCAAUGAGCCGACACCCUCACACACUUGGCGGUGAAAGCAUGCAACUCAGUAGGGGCCGUUCUGCCGAUCACUCAAAUGAUCGGAAAGUUAAAUACCAAUACCAAUGCACAAACAUCUGACAACAGAGCACUCGUGCAGUACAUUCAUUUUCAAAAGUUGUCAUAUGAUCCUGACUGUGACUCGUACACUACAAGGUACCAUCGUUACUUAAUAGGUAUAUGGCAAGACAAUGCUCUCUCGUCGCCAUAAAUGGCGAGGUAAAAGGAAGAAAUUGUGGUUAUUACUGUGGGGGGAAGAACCAAAUCUUCGCUUUUUUAGUGACUGUUAUAUCCUCAACUUCGAAGCACAAAGAGGUAAAAAGAAAAUCCCACAAGAUUGAAGAUGGGUGUAUAUACAGAGUCGUCACUGGACGUGAUUGACUGUGCCGACCAAAUCCCUUUAAAUUCUCCUCUCUGCCUUUCAAUUCCUUGGGCUCUUCCACACCUCUCCUUCUACUUUGCCUCACAAAAGAGAGCAAAGCGAAAGAUCUUUCUCCCUCUCACCCUUUCUGUGUCUCUCUCAACAUAUCCCAACAAAAGAUGGGGUCACCACCUUUGUGCUUCCUCAAGCAGAUCACCAUUACAGAACUAAAAAUUUUCAUGAUUUUAUUCAUAAGCUGUAUACUUGAUGAAACCAAUAUAUGUUCUAGCGACUCUUUUGGCACCCUAAAGGUUCCACCUCGUUCAAAUUCGACCAAUAUUCUUUCAUCACUGGAAACACUUCCUCUAGAUGGUUACUUCAGUUUUGAAAACAAUCACCAUGCAGCCAGGGACUUCGGCAACAUGUAUCAUUUCCUCCCUUCAGUAGUCCUGCAUCCAAAAUCAGUGCUUGAUAUUUCCACCACGAUAAGGCAUAUUUUCCAGAUGGGUUCUGCUUCGGAGCUAACAGUUGCUGCUAGAGGCCGUGCUCACUCUCUCCAGGGUCAAGCUCAAGCCCAUCAAGGCAUAGUUAUCAGCAUGGAAUCACUUCAGGCACUAGAAAUGCAAGUUCACACUGGGGAGAUGCCUUAUGUGGAAGUUUCAGGUGGCGAGUUGUGGAUAAAUAUUCUACAUGAGACUCUUAAACAUGGGCUGGCACCUAAAUCUUGGACAGAUUACCUUCAUCUCACCGUUGGGGGUACUCUAUCAAAUGCAGGAAUAAGCGGGCAGGCAUUCAGGCAUGGACCCCAGAUCGAUAACAUCUACCAGCUGGAGGUUGUCACAGGAAAGGGAGAAGUGGUUACCUGUUCAGAGAAGCAAAACAACGACCUCUUCCAUGCUGUUCUUGGUGGCCUUGGACAGUUUGGCAUAAUCACUCGAGCUAGAAUUUCUCUUGAAUUAGCACCAAAGAUGGUGAAAUGGAUUAGAGUGCUCUACUCAGAAUUCUCCAUAUUUUCCAAGGAUCAAGAGCACUUGAUAUCAUCCGAGAAUACAUUCGACUACAUCGAAGGAUUUGUGAUUAUAAAUAGAACAGGACUUCUUAAUAACUGGGUAUCUUCUUUCAGUCCCAAGGAUCCACUUCAAGCCCGUGAAUUCAAGUCAGAUGGAAGAACUCUGUACUGUCUUGAAAUGGUCAAAUACUUCAAUCCGGACGAGACUAAAACUAUGAAUCAGAUUACUGAGAACUUAUUGUCAAAGCUGAGUUAUAUUCCAUCCACACUCUUCCACUCAGAAGUUUCUUAUGCGAGGUUUCUGGAUAGAGUGCAUGUGUCUGAGAAAAAACUACAAGCAAAAGGUUUAUGGGAAGUUCCUCACCCAUGGCUGAAUCUUCUCAUCCCUAAGAGCAGAAUUUCUGACUUUGCCAAGGAGGUCUUUGGCAACAUUGUUACGGAGACAAGCAAUGGCCCUAUCCUUAUCUACCCAGUCAACCAAUCCAAGUGGAACAAUAAAACAUCUUUAGUUACCCCAGAUGAAGAUGUUUUCUACCUAGUGGCAUUCUUAUCCUCCGCAGUGCCUUAUUCUACAGGAACAGAUGGCUUAGAGCACAUUUUAACCAAAAACAAAAGGAUUCUAAACUUUUGUGCCACAGCCCAACUUGGAAUGAAGCAAUACCUGCCCCACUACAAUACACGAGAAGAGUGGCAAACUCACUUCGGCUCCCUUUGGGAAGUAUUUUUACAGAGGAAAUCAGCCUAUGACCCUUGGGCAAUUCUUGCUCCUGGACAAAGAAUCUUCCAGAAAGCAACACGCACCUCAUGAUGCAUUAGUGCUGGCCACACAUAUGAGCCACAUAGUAUAGAAAUGACCAUAAAAUAGUAAAUUAGGACAGAAUAUUGUAAACAUCUUUGCCUUUCAAUAACAAUUGUAAGCAAAACAAGAAGGUUGUGGACCA